AUGACAUUUUCUGAGAGAGAACCUGAUGAGAACCAGACCAUUUCUGAUGUGUUCAUCCUCGUGGGGUUUUCAUACCUUACCAGACUCCAAAUCCUUCUGUUUCUGGUGUUUCUGGUAACCUACCUGGUCACCCUGGUGGGGAACCUGCUCAUUAUCCUCCUUAUAAAGCUAAACCCCUCACUUCACACCCCCAUGUAUUUCUUCCUGGUGAACCUGUCAUUCUUGGAAAUCUGCUACACCAGCAGUGUGGUCCCUCAGCUGCUGGUUCACCUCCUAGUGGAGCAAAAGACCAUCACCAUUGUGGGCUGCGCUACGCAGAUGUAUGUCUUCACCAUCCUGGGCCUCACAGAAUGCUGCCUCCUAGCAGCCAUGGCGUACGACCGCUACAUAGCCAUAUGCAACCCCUUGCAGUACAGAACCAUCAUGAGUGGUCGGGUGUGUGCACAGCUCAUGGCUGCUUCAUGGACCAUUGGCAUCUCGGUGGAAGUAGUUCAGACCACGUGGAUCUUCAGCCUGCCCUUCUGUGGCUCCAAUCGGAUCCACCACUUCUUCUGCGACAUCCCACCAGUGGUAAAGAUGGCAUGCACUGACACAUCCAAAAAUGAGAUUGUGGUCUUGGCUGUGUCUGUGCUGUUCAUCAUGAGCCCUUUCCUACUGAUAAUCCUGUCCUACAUCUGCAUUAUCUCCACCAUCCUCAAGCUCCCAUCAGCAGAGGGAAGGCGUAAAGCCUUCUCCACCUGCUCCUCCCACCUCAUGGUGGUGACUUUGUUCUAUGGAACAGCCCUAAUCACCUAUCUCAGGCCCAAGUCUAUCUCCACCCCAGAGAGUGAUCAAAUGAUAUCCCUCAUGUACACAGUUGUGACCCCAGUGUUGAACCCCAUAAUAUACACACUGAGGAACAAAGAGGUGAAGGGAGUGUUUAGAAAAACAAUAGAAAAGAGUAUCUUUUCACACAACUGGAGAAAUCAGAGAAUGAAAGAUAGAGUUAGUUAA